UCCGCGGACUCCCGUUCAUGUGCUGCCACCUUUGCCCUCCUCACAUCCGCGUUCGUUACCUGUCAAUGAAUGCUUGCUCGAUUAAUUGUGUAGUCAAGCACCGUCGUCGACUAAUGAAUUCAUGACAUUUGCUAUUUGUUGCUCAGCGGCGUCGUUACUGGGGUGACAGCCCCCAACUAGGCUAGCGCAGCUUGGAGAAAUGGACGGACGCUGACCGCUUCCAGAUUCACGUUCCUCCAUUCCACGCGCCAACACAAAACAACUCGCCACCGCUCUCAAUCGCACACGACACCCUCUGCUCCAGCAUCCAAACGCCUCAAUAACUACUCAACCACCCAAUUCACACGCGAAAAUGUCCGCCCAGCAAGACAACAACCAGCACAUGGAGGGUGUGCAGGACCCCGCCGACAAGGGCAAGGGCAAGGCCCAGGCUGUAGAGGAGUCCAUGGAUGAGGACUCCAGCGACGAGUCCGGUAUUGAGGACCAUGCCGGUGAAGUUGAGGAGCCCGAUGAGGACAACAUGGAGGAAAUCGAAACCGCCAAUAUCAUCGGCAGUCGCACGCGCGGCAAGAACAUUGACUUUGCCAAGGCGAAUGCUGAGCUUGGCGGGGAUGAGGAUGAGGAUGAUGAUGAGGACUUUGUCGAUCCGGAGGAUCAGAUGAAGGAGUAGAUUUGGAGAAGUAGAAGAAGGGCAACUGUCGACGCGAUGCGAUGCGAUGCGAUCAUGAACGUCUAAACGCCUGGGUUGGAUUUUUAUGACACGAAAAGCUUUGGGGAUAUUGGAUGGGAUGGAGGGAUUGCUCGUGGCUUCGGCGUCUCGGCAUGGAGUGCUGCUGUUUUGCUGGCACGGUGUAGGGGACAUACUUGGCUGUUGUGCUUUGUUUGGCAACAUGACAUGGCAUGGUUUUCCCUCGCUUGCUUGCGUAGAUCCAGUACAUUAUCACGAAAUAACAUGAUGAUAUCAAACUUGACCUGCUUUCUCUCUUGGUGUGUCUGGG